AUGCAGUUCUCCUCGAAGUCCUUCCGCGCAACGCUCCCCAACUCUCUCGCCGCAAAGUACCGCAAAGCGCUUCAAAAGCACCCAUUCGCACUCUUCGGCCUCCCAUUCCUUGCAACAAUAGUUGCCGGCUCGUUCAUGCUCACACCCGCCACCGCUCUGCGCUACGAGAGAUAUGAUCGCAAGAAUCAGCAAAUAAGUCAAGAAGAGGCAAUGGGCCUGGGGCAAAAUCGAAGGAAGGUCAACAUGAAGGAUGAAUACUACCGAUUACAAGCGAAGGAUCUCGAGGACUGGGAGCAGAGGCGUGUCAAGCGCCUACCCGGUGAGCCGGACGGCACACUUGUUUAAACUUGAUUGUAUUAUAUGGCAGGGCGUUGUAGGGGAAUACUCGAGCAUAAUGGCGAGUAUUCCUGAGCCUCUCGGCGUUCGGCAAAUCGACCAAAGAAACAUCUCAACUUACGUACUCUGUGCAUGUGAAAAGACAGAUUCGAAGGUGACGACUCGUUCGAUAUAUUUGAUGCCAGAUGAGUUGCAGGCGUAAACAAGGCUACAAUGAGGACCGGUUUGUUUGUUGUGAGUACUUUCGUAUUCGUCUAUCUACAACAAGACUUCGCGAGAAGUGUAUAUUAAAAUGGCUAAGCUCUUUUGAACUGUCAUAAAGAUGUCGACACC